AUGUCAUAGCAAAUUGCAGUCCUAAUGAAAAAGAAAAAGAGCACAAAUAGAUCAGGCCUGGAUCCAACCAAAAGGGAAGGGAAUGCCACAAUCCUAAUAAAUUGCAAUUUGAAGAGAAGAUGACACUCGAUGAUUUAAAUAUAGUUAGAAAAUCAAAACAGAAAUAUAGAUAUCAAAAUCAAAGAGACUUAGAUCGAUAGGUCGAGAAAGAGAUGCACAAGCUUAGGCUCCUAGUUGUCAUGAAAUCGCCGUCAUCACACAUCAACUCAUUUGGGCUACUCGUCACAUUCGUAAUGACAGUAGAUAUGAUCUAUAUUUAUAAAUUGGCCCGACUUUCAAUAAUAUUUUCUGCUAAAAUACUGAAAAAAGUUAAACGCAAGUUGUUUCAUCUACAAACGGGGCCUACAUACACGGUAAAACAUCGUUUGCUAAGUGUUAGGGGAAGUUGGGGUUUUCUUUUUUAAAUUAUGUUCAACCUUUGCAUAAUCUUGGUGGAAAGGUAGCAAUUAGUCAAAGAAAAUGACGUAUGGACUCAAAUAAUUAAGUAAGUGAAAUAAUUGAGGGUGAAAAUGUGAAAGAAGAACCUUUAAUUCAUCAUCUGCCUGCCAACCCCCCUAAAGCAAUGUUAGAUAAAGCUAUGCUAAGAUUUAAGGAUAAUAAUUUGCUUUCACCCCCACUUCCUUUAGUUUAUAAGGAAAAUAGCGCAAGUGUAGGAAUAGUCCGAGUUCAUAAGUAAUUAUCCACAAUUGUAUUUUCACCUAAUGGAGUCUUAAUUAGGUACAUGAUGACCCCAUAGAGAUAAUUUGUACUAUAUAAUAGUAAUAAUAAGAAUAUUAGGAAGAAAGGAAAACAAAUUAGGUAAGGUAAAUGGAUAUAAUUGAAGAUAUGCAUCACCCUAAUUUACCUACUCAAUUAAACAUUUGAGCACUGGGCUUAAUUUAUGUUAAUUAGCCGUGUUUGGAAUAAUUCAUCAUAGCAAUUAAUUAAUUAGUUUAUUGCUAAACAUGGAAUGACCGUUCAAACUAGGUUGUUGAUUACCGGUAAGUUCCUCCCCCCGACAAGAUUUCAUCUAAAGAUCCUCUCUUCUAUACAUCACCUAUGUAUGUCGCAUAGUGUGAUUAGAAUAAGACUAAGUUUCGGUUAACCGUGUGAGAAGAAAUAUUUUGACAAGAUAAAUCUGUGAUGCCUAAAAGCGGAUGACUCGCGACUUUCUACUCUUUCGUGUGUAGCGGCGGAUACAGAAUAGGGUAGAGUUCUGGGCCACAUUUGGAAAGAUUGGCCGAGAGGACAUGGCCAUAACUUGUCGAAACGAAUACCUAUAAUAAAAAAUUAACAAGUACUAUACUAGUUCUGAAUCCAGAGCAGGGUUGUGGCGCCGUGGCUAGGGGGCAGGCCCCCUGAAUCCACCUUCGUGUGCCUUCGUGUUUGCGAAUAUGCUCCAUCACCAUAACAGAGUUGAGAGGCAUAGUAAAUAACCUUUUGGUUGGUUUGGAAUGUCGGUUAUAGAUGGGUAUAUGGACAAUUUGAUUCACACUACGAUGUUCAGUUACUACGUACAGAGCUCAAACGAUAGCAAUCAUCAGCAUAUAUACAACAACAAUCCUUUAGUUUUCAUGAGUUGUUGUAUAGAAACUGGAGAGAGGAUAAUAAAUGUGUGGACUGUCUUGUUAGUUUCGUGCAUUUUUUUUGUUCUACAUGCUAUUCGUUCCAAUGCUUUUCUAAUGGUUAGUUGACUUUAUAAUAUAUGAUUUUACAAAAAAGAUUUCCAAACUAAAAUCUGUUAUGAGUUAAAAGGCCUAAUGAGUUUAUUGAAGGAAGAAAGAAACACAAUCGAAUGAACUUAUUAAUCCUGUGAUCAUCAUAUUUUCACUUUAUUCUCUAAUCUACUCCUUUGCUCGAUUCUAGACUGGACCAAUCCGGUAAUCUCAUGUACUACGUCCCUAACGGCCACAAACAAUUAUAACUAGUGUUGUAUCCGGCCCGUUGACCGGUUUGUGGUCAUUUGGGUAUUUUUUUUAGUUAAACUUAGGUGGUUCCAUUUUUAGUAUUGUGCACUGGUGAUACAAAAGAGUACUUUGAUAGUUUAUGUUUAAGUUAAAUUAUAAGAAGUUUAAGUUAUACAAUGAAUUAAAUGAAAAACUAUCUGGAAUCUAUAUUCAUGCCUUGAGAUAUUAAACAUCACUGAAUCAGUAAAAAAUCAACAAAAUUUUUUAUCUUCGUUAUAUGUGAAUAAUUACCUUGCAAAUGAAGCUUUGAAAAUUUUAUUACUAUUUUAAUUUAAAUAUAGUUGAUUGUCAUCUAUUGAAUUAAAAAGUAAAUAAUGUACAUAAUAUUACUAUAGAUGUAUUACAUUUAAAUAGUUUAAAGAUACAAAAAUUCGAGGAGAAAAAAAUGUGAUAUGGAAAUAGAUUAUUUGGACAACUAUGUAAAGCAAAUCCAAAAAUAUUAGUAUAGAUAUAUUAAAUUUAUAUUUUUGAAAGAGACAAAAAUGAAAAAUAUUAGUAAAAGAAUAUUUUGACUUGAAAUGACCCUUUUAAGUUAUUCAAUCAGUUGAACUUUAGUUAUCAUAAUUCAAACUAACCUUUAACAAUAUGCUCAUAUUUUAAAUAUUUUAUUGACUAUGUCCUAUAUUUUCAAAAGCGGAGCGGUUGUCGGAUGAAAAAUUUCAAUGACUCAUGAUUAACGGUUUAUCAUUAUACAACUAUUUUUUAAUCGCUAAUGGAACUAUUCAGAUGUAAAUAACAACGUAGUUAGGUUGAAGAAGCAUUUAAGUUAUUCCAUUGGACCAUAUUUUAUGUUUAAUAAUUUUCUAAUAAAAACUAUCUCGACUUUAAGCAAUUACAUAGAGUAAAAAAUUGAUUUUUUUGUUUGAUCUAAUUCGACACAAAUAUCGAAUCGGUACAAUAUGGAUCGAAUUAUUGUUUAACCUACGACUAAACAUGCGAUCUUACCUUUCAAAAUUUAAUGUAAAAAUUAGACAUGCUAAUUUGAAAAUUAAAAUAAUUUAAAACAAUAUAAAUUGAUUGUAUUUUGCCAAGAUUUCCCGUCUUUCUUCCUCUUCAUGUUUGCCAAAAUCACUGUGAAAUUAAGAUUCUAAAACUUUUGAAGGUUGAUGCUUGGUUUAUCUGUUUAACUUAAAACCCUAAUGCGAAAAAACCUAUUCCGAAGGAACCUCUUCCCAAACAUCCACACCACAACGAUAUAUCAUCUUUAUCAUAUCAAAAUCCAAUUCGCAGCAUUAUCUCAUGUAGGAGUUAAACAACUUUAGAUAGCCUCUGUUUUUUCAUUAACCACACAAAAUAAAUCCACAUAGAGCAAAAUUUAAAUAAUUAUUAUGUAGCAUUUACCUUAAAACACAUCUUCUUUUUCCUUAAUCCUAAUCGCAUUUACUAAAAAGAAAACCAAAAGUCCAAUAAUAAAUGAGUGACCCUUGAGUGUUUGAAAAAUUGUCAAAUAUGUCCUUCCACCAAAUAAGGAGAACCAAUCAAAAUGCAAGGUGGCAAUGAUGACAUAGAGUGAAAUGCAUAAUAUAUUGUGUAGAAGAUGUAGAUGUAGAUUUAUUCCUGGGCCUAUUCGGACCCAAUAAACUCCAAAACCCCGGCCUAUUGGGCUAGUGAAAGACAUGAAUUCCCCCCUUGAUGGGCCUGGGGAGGGGAUUCCCGUGUACCAAUCCUCCUCUGUCUUUUCUUAUCCAAAGGACAGCUUACCCUUUUUUCUGGGUUACCAUUUUGGGUUCCACAAUUCUUAUCUAUCUUCUUCAUUCUUUGCUGCUUUACGUGAAGAAAUUCCCCCUUUUUUCUCACUUUCACUUUGCCUUCAGUACUUCUGCAUGCAUGGUGAAGGUGGACAGUUACUUACUACUCCGGGCUUCUUCAUGGAACUCCCAUGCAACCUCAACGCCCAAAAGAGCAAUCACUCAGAUUAAUACCAACAAUAAAAUUUUUACUUUUUAUAAAAUGUAUGUAUUCUUGAAAGUUGUGAAAUUCCAAUCUCAAAACUACCCGUAUAACGACUUAUUUUCCGAUAGAUAUGAACUAUAUCAUAACCACAACUAAGCAGAAUGAGAGGAAUUCGACAAGAAAAUCACAGAACUUGAAUUCAUCACAUAAAAAAAUUACGAUACCAAUUGGAAGACCCAAUUGUUCCGAAUAAUGGAUCAACUAAGACAUUAAGUGGAUGGACACUGAAAAACUAAUUCAUAAAAAAUGGGGGACAAAAUACGAGACAGAUAGUAAUUAAUUACAAACAUUGUACAUACUAUGUAUAAUAAUCGAAUCGAUCCCCACAAUGAUGGAUUGUAAUAUGGGGAUGAGUGGGAAUGGAUCUUCCUUAUUGCGCCGAUAGGUAAUAUUAUUAUAGACAAUAAAUAGACUAUUAAUAUCAUUAUGUCGUAAAUAAUAAAAAUUUCAUAAUACAAACAAAUGCAUAUGAAUGGUGGAACCAAUUUCCUUAUUUCUUAAUCCCUUCGUAUUACCUUUUUUUAAAAAAAAUUAAUUAUCCGGCAGAAAAUAUAUAAUAGAAAUGUGUGGAUACGUCAUUGUCUCUUCUGAUCACUUCAAGUCUCGGCUCUGACCGCAACGCAUCUUGUAUGGAGCUCCCCUGUUGCUGUAAAUUAAUGACUUUUGAGUUC